AUGUAAAGCAUUGUUUUGUGUGUUUACACAUUUGCUAAUAAUAUAUUUGAUAUGCAGUAAAUAUGUAAUAAGGACUUACAGAAAGUUGUUUUAAAAUUAUUUAAUGCAAACUUAGUGAUCUUAAUUCUUGAUCAAAGACAGGAAUACAGUAGUGUUUUGUUUAUCUUUGGAUAUUGAAAAUUCUGUGUAUAGUAAAAUUAUAGACCUUCAUGGAAUAUGGUUAUUAAGAAUACUUCUUAGAUUUCAUGCUUAUUUUCAAAUUGAAUAUGGAUUAAAAACACAAUUAUAUGUGAAAUUAGAAGUGAAAAGAGUAAUGAUUGUAAAUUGUGAUUAACAGAUGCUUACAAUGUAAUGAAAUGAUGCAAAAAGUGAAACAAUUGACCUUUUGACAGUACAGAUGGUUUACAACAAGAAAAGUGUAAAAGAUGAAAAUUAUGACAAAUUUAUCAGUAGCAGAUUUAUAUAAUUGUGAUUCUAGUCCAUUAGAGCUAAUGGAGUACAGACAAGCCCCUGUUAGUCCUGGGGCAUCCAGUGUGCACUCCCAGGAUGACAUGGAUAAUGCGGACAUCUUAGCAUCCCCUCCUGUUUCUCCGCCUCCUGUCAAACAAGACAUGGAUGAUGAUCGAUUACCCAAUGAACUUUUGGAGGAGAUAUGUGAGGACAUUGGAAUGAAGGAGGGGAUGGAGUUAGAUUUUGUGGAGUUUUUAAUGGAACAGGACAUGGUCGAUCCACAUAUGUACAUGACUCCAGAAGCCAUUAAAAACACAUUAGCAAAUGUCAGUUCAGCUCCUGUACCCAGCUCUGUGACUUUUGCCAUACCGUCGAACAAAACAACCUUUAGUGCUGAAAUUACAAAUAAUAGAUCAAAGACUUGUGGUAGUCCCACUACAACAUACUCUCAGGCUUCAAGUACAAACGGUACAGUUGCAACAUCAAGUGGUUCUAGUAGUCCUGUAGCCAAACGAUUUCAUGUGUCUACUUCAGGGCCACCAAGUCCUGUAAGAACAAAACCACCUAUUGAUGUUUUCAAAGCUCCACCUACUCCUCCAACACCUCGUCGGCCUUCUUCAAAUUCACAAAGUAUUGCAUCACCAAGUAUAUCAAGUACACAAGGUCCAUUUUCACCACAACCAUCUACAUCAACUCCACAGAAACAACCUCCUCCUUACAGUCAGGCUACUUCACAACAACAGGUUGCCCAGAAAUGUAUGCAAAGAGGGAAUCAAUCAUCAUCAGGUGCAUAUAAUUAUCAAAGACUAGGUCGACCAGCGCCACCUAAUGUUAAUGUUCAAAACAUGCAUCAGCAGUGGCCUGGUAAAAUGCAACAAAAUCAUGUGCCUCAACAGCCAAAUCAGAUGAAUCAAGCAUGUGCUUUAAAUGGAAACAUGCGAUUCCCGCCACAAACACAACAGUAUUCAAGACACAGGGAAUCUCCGAUGGACAAUGGUUAUUUCUCAGCUGAUACUGGAAGUGUUAGAAGUUAUGGUUCUUCUGUUCAGUCAUCAGCAUCUGCAUCAUCUUCAAUGACUGCAAUUCAUCGCUCAGCAUCAUUACCCGAUCAAAAAAGUGUUCAUUUUGCAGGGGACUGUGAACGUCCAGUAUUGCAACAACAGCAUUCAACAGAAGCUUUAGGGGGUUACAAUCCUUAUGAUACAAAUAUACCUGACUGUGAUCUUAUAGAAAACCAAAGAAAUCUUCCGUCCAAAAUAUUACCACGUCUGUCAUCAAGCAUGAAACCUGACAUUGCUCCUUAUAAUUUGAAUUAUCCCCGUGGUAGUAAUAGUCGACCAGGGAGUGGGGAUAAUCCAAUGGCAUCUGCACAAACAUUUGAAUAUCCUCAUAGCAAAGCAGGGGAUAUAUUUGAUGUGGACAAUAAUCAGAAUAAUAUGUUUAUCAAUAAUUACAAUAGUUCUAUGCAAAAUCAUCCAAUGCAAGAGCCAGACUUUUCGUCUUGUUCGGGUGGUGCCCCAAUGGGGAUGCAGCCAUUAAGACAUUUUAAUGAACAAAAUUCAUGUAAUAUGCAGCAGAUGAAUGCACAGCAACAAAUGUAUGGUUCUAUGCAGAGAAACAAAGGUUACAAACAAAAUGAAAUGGGCAAUAUGAACUUCUGUGAUAAUCAAUAUGGCCAUCAAGGGCAGAAUAUGAAUAAUAGUUGUAGUAUGAUGAAUACAGGACCUAAAAUGAUGGGUAACCCUCAUGGUACCCCACAAGGUGGAAUGAUGGGACAAAACUGUAAUUCAGGUUUCCAAGAUGAGGAUUUCAAUCAACAUCAUAUGUCCCAACAAAUGCAUAUGAAUGGACAGCAACCCCAGAUUAUGCGACAAGGCAAUAUGGGUAAUGAAUUUGAUCAACCACAAUAUAAUCGAAUGCAAGGUGCUAAUAUGAACAGUGGGAUGUUCCCAUCAGAAACUCAACAAAGUAAUAGUGCUCAAAAUUUGUGUCAGCCAAACUGGGGAGGCUCUGCUCCUCAGACACCACAACCACAACCUGGGAUGAAUCCAAAAGGAUCACAUCCUGGUAUGUCUGGUAUGCCAGUGCCAGACAUGCAAUCACAUGGACAGAAUCCUAUGCAAGGAGGAGGUCCUCCAAUGCCCUGUACUAUACCAAACUGUCAGAGUUGUAAAACAGGGUCACCACACCGUCCACCAAUGUUGUCAUCGCAACAAAGUUUUAUACAGCAUUUAAUAACCGAUCGAUCUAGUGCCUUCCGAUCACACCCUCUCUUUCCAUUAUUACGGGAUUUGAUUAUAGCAGACAUGAACUUUGCGUCACCACAUUUUCCAUAUCAGUUGAUAAGUAAUUUACCGGCAGAUUUUGACAAAUUAUUACAAAACUUUUUACAUAGGAAUCCACCAAAUGGACAGUAUCAAAAUAACUAUGCAGUGGAAAGUGUCAUCAUGGAUGCCUUGAAAUAUGCUCAUCAUUGUUUAAUAGAGAAAAUUCGAUCUCGUCAAGAACAGGAUAAGCAUACAAAGAGUACAUCGAAAUCUUUAAGUGCAAUUGAAGAAUUUUGUGAAAAAUUUGACAGAUCAGUUAGAAACAGCGUGAUAAAGCCUGCAACAUUCCAGGUUCCUAAUUCACAGAACCAAGUUACAACAACAAUGGGUGGACCCAUGGGUCCAGGAAUGACACCUCAGAUGGAGACACCAACAAAAGACCACAAAUAUAGUGCUAUGGAUAAUAUGAUGAUGGUAGGUGGAAUGUUUGCCUCACCAAUGGCCAAGAAGAAUUUAGAGAUGUCAGCAUUUAGUGGCCAGUUUAAAUCUCUGAAAGACUUGGCUGAUUUUAGUGAUAAUGGCAGUCUUGUUAGUAGUAGCAGUAACCAUAGUAACAAGUCAGAAUCAAAGAAACACCCCAGUCUGCCAAAAGAGGCUGUAGCUAUAAUGUUGGACUGGUUAAGACAGCAUAAAGAUAAUCCAUAUCCUAAUGACGAUGAGAAAGCUAUGUUAAUUAAACAAACUGGAUUAACAAUUAAUCAGAUUAACUACUGGUUCACCAAUGCUAGACGUCGAAUUCUACCAAAGUGGGCUCAACAGUGUAAAUAGAAUCUGUAAUAAUUGUACAAUGGGAGAUAACUGUGCUAGUAGAAAAGGUGCCUAGGUCCUGGCUUUUGGUGGAUACUCAUUACUCUGUUAUUGGUCCUAAAGCAGUAGUUUAAUAAUAAUGUGAAAACAAAAAGAAACAAUAAAUUAGGAUUCAGGCCACAUGAUACAAAUUUUAUAAAUGUCACUAUUUAAUGUUAUGUCACAGGUGUGAAACGUAUGCAAUACAAAGGUUGUUUAUACAAGUGAUUAAUUUAGUAUAUUUUGUUAUUAUUUAAAGUAAUGAAUAUUUACAAAGUGGUUGUUUUAACUCUGUAUUUUGAUACAAAUUUUUCAAUGAUAUUUUUGUGUUUUGUGGCCUUUUGUAUUAAACUAUCAGUUUAGAUAUUUUCCUGAAAGUUUUUUUUUUUAUUUACUUGGAAAGUUUUUCGGAUAUGAAUUUUCUCUGUAGAACAAAUUAUAAGUUUUAUAGCCGUGAGCAAGAUAUGAUGAAAGAAACAAUGAAAAAAAUUGUAAAUUGCUGCAGUCAAAAAUAGUGAAAGUAAGAAAUCUGAUCUUCUACACUUAAUGUGUUCCUCUACAAAGUGAUGUCCAUGACAAGUUGACUUUUAUAUAUUAUGGUUAGUGCUGAAACAAGCAUAUUGCUUGGUAUAAGUAAAUGCAUUUGUUUAUAUGUGCCUAUGCAUUAUUGUAAUUUAUUUUUGUAAAUUAUUGUCCAAAGGACAUAUAAAAAGUUGUUGAAUUAUAAAACAGUUUAAGUGAAAAGGAACUGUCUAAUAAAGAGCAUAAUUAUUGUAACUUCUAACACUUGUGGUGUUUUCAAUUGUUAAGACUUGCUGCUGCAUGGAGGUUAAAAUGGCAAAAGUUUAUGAUAGAUGAAUGGAUUACUUUCUGGGGUAAAAAUGCUGUUGAAACUAAUUGAUUUAUUGAUAUCAUUUACUCCAUUUAGAUGAAUGAAUUUUGAUCAAGUUCAUGAAGAAGUAAUAUAGCAUUAGCGAUGUAAAUACCUUGUACAUUAAAAGAGUUAGUGCCUUUUUAUACAACUUGUACAUAAGUUUUGGUUUUGUAAUAUUAUGUAAAUAUAUAAAAUAUUAUAUUAAGUAGUUAUUAUUUUUAUUAGAAUUUAAAUGGUGUGACUGUCAGAGUUACAAACUUGUUUUAUUUGUCAUGUUUUUUAAGUGAUUGGGAAUUAGAUAUUGCAUUAAUGAGAUUAUUAGAGUUCUGCAUUAUAACCUUAUUUUGUUUGACUUACUUAUAGCUUAUUGCCUUUAUUUAAAGGUGCAUAACUGUUGAGGACAAAAGUAAUAGACUACAUUUUAUUUAAUGUUUUUUUAAAAAAAACUGCCUAAGUCAUAGUGAAAAUUUAUUUUGUAAAGAAGAAAGCUGAAUAUUAAACCCAGAAUGAAGCAAAAUAUCAUUUUAAAGAGAAAAACAAACAGAGAAAUGCAUUUAUCGUUGUUUUUAACAAACCAUGACCUUCAUAUUUUAAUAUUAUAUUUGACCAGUAAGGCAGUUUCAUUUUUGAUGGGCAACUGAGUAAGAAAAUAAAAAUUUGGUUGCCUAAUUUAAAAUAUUUGAAUGAGACAAAGAUUUUUGGUGCUUCUAGUAUUAUAGCAAUAUCUUCUUCCUAAUUGAUCAUGUGAUGUAAUACAAAGCAUGUGAUGAUCAUGUGAGAAUUUUUAAUGAAUAGUAUGUUUUACAGUGCGUGCACUUGGCUAUACAAUGGCAUCUUCUUUUAUUGAAAUAGUCUUUGUGAUUGUAUAUGUGUUGAUGUUAGUUUCUCUUUUUUCUUUUCUUUCAUACUCUUUCUAUCUUUCUUAUGUAUUCAUAUUGAAAUUAUCCCAUUUUUGUUGAGCCUGCAAAGUUUCAGAAGCAAGACAUAUCGAUUCAUUUGUCUGGUAAAAGUUUUUAAGACAUUCAAGACUUUAAAUUUUAGAAACUCUUGACAUCUUUGACGGAAGUCUUUCAAAGAUUUUGAUAUAACAUUUGAAGCAAAAUUUAGUAAAGACUUUUUUUCUUCUAAAUUUUUUUUAUUUUUAAUGAUAGACAGAUUUUACUCCUGAAGGCAUUACUGUUAAAUAAGUGUAGGCAACUCUUUAACUAAUAUGACUGACAUGUAUUCUUCACAUACAGAUUGGUAAAAUCUAAAGAAAUUAUGGUUUAAUCAUUACAGAAACGUACUGUAUCUAUGGCUGUUGUCUCUACCUCAAUUGAAGAGUGAAAUCUCAUUGUACUUCAUUAACUCACUAAUUAUAUACAUUUUUAUAUUAUAUCUUUUUCCCAUUUUAUUUUAAUUUCAGUGCUUUCUAAAGAUCGAAAACAUGAUCUCUUUUUACUUAGAUGUUGAUUGUAUGUCCAUUUAUUAUCUUAAAAACUUUCUUCUUUUUUAAAGUUUUAUUGGUUGCAAAAAUGGCCAAAAAAUUUCUUCAAUGCAGUUUAUUAUUUAUGAAUAUUUGACAAAUUACUUAUUUCAAGAAGAUGGAAAAACAAAUUGAAGGAAAAGUUGUACUUAAAGACUUUGAUGUAGUGAGAGUAUUUUGAAGCCUUAAUUUCUACUUAAUACUAUUUAUAAAUGUUUUUCCAGUAGUUCCCACCUUCAUUGCAGUAUUAUACCUAUUGCUGAAAACUUACUUAUCUUGGGCCAAUUUCAGAAACAAACAAUUGACAAAAAAAUUAUUAAAAGGUUUUCAUUUAGCAAAUGACAAUUGAAUAAAUUGUAUAAAUUUCUUUACAAGGUUAAUUUUUUUAAUUUUUUCCAGAAUAGAUGAUAUUGUACGGAUGAAUAUUAGGGAUGUUUAGGUAAAAAAAUAAUAGCUUCCUGGAAAAGCAUUUCAUUACUUAAUUUGUGUUUGGGCUUUUUAAAAGCAAAGUGUAGAAUUGAAAUGAAUAUUAUAGAAAAAUUGUGAAUUGAUUUUGUAAGUAGCAAGCCUUUUAUCAAAGUGCCUUUUUAUAGGUGUCAUGGUUGUACAAGUGUAAAGGCAUGCACAGAUUCUUACGUCAACAUGCCAAUUGAUUUUUGAAAUGUUGCUCUCAAAAUUAAUUCCCCAAUGCAAUUUACAACACAUUAUGCAAAUAUAGUAGACAGUCAAGAAACAGUUGUUAAUCUUGUCCAGAAUGAUGAUAUUGUAUUUUUAUAGAUAUAUGGCAUUUUAUAAACAGCCUUUAGAAGUAUUUUACAUGUAUAAUACUUAGCUUUUGUCUGAACAAAAGAAUGUGCCAUUUUUAUUGCUUUUUAAAUUAUAAACAUUGUUGAACAAGCAUGUGAAAACAAAUAUAAAUAAAAUUUGUUUAAAAUUUA